AGCUUCCAAUCUAAACAGACGAGUCAGAGGAGGGUAUGAUCCCUGCUUUCCAGAUAGGGAACCGAGGCUCGGAUUUUGGGCAAGUCAUAUGACUGUGUUGCAGAGCCAGAAACAUGAACCCAGGACUCCUGAGUCCCCGUCCAGUGGUGUAACCCCAAGGCUAGGCAUCCAUCCAUCUUUCCAUCCCUUGUUGUGUGUCCUAGCUCUCUCUGGGCCUUGCUUUCUGUUCUCACUCCUUGCUGCUUCUCUCUACCAAUUCCCUCCGCUGCCUCCACCUCUUUUCCCCAUUCUGUGUUCUUCCUCUCUGCAGUGUUGUCUCUCUGACCAGCCCACAAGCUAUAGCAAAUAUUUGAGUGCCUGUUGUCCAGGGAGAAUGGCUGUUUGCUCUGGGCCCAAACCUGCUUUCACUGCAGUCUCACAAUUGCUGCAGUCGGAGCAGAAGCAGGCCCCUUGUGCCCAGGGGAGUGACUCCGAGCCGCAUGGUGCCACACACUUCCAUGCACGUAUAUUGCAUAUCUCCGAGGCUGUGAUGCUUGCUGGUUCUACUUGUGGUUUGUUACUUAAAGGUGAAUUGUGACACUCCUGUGGUAGGAAUGGAAACAGAGCCUGGAUCAGCCCAGCAGUAAUUAAAGCAUAUUUCUCUCUUUGUGUUUCCGCAAAUUAACGACCGGUUUCCAGCCAGUUGCUAAUACUGCCUGUGGGGCUGCCACCAUUGGUCACCCCAAUAGCAGACUUGUCUCUUGGUUUGCCGGAUGUUUUCAGCCCAAGUGGAACUGCUGCUCUGAGGGCUGGCCCAGCAGCAGUGAACCUAGAUGCUGGGUGGAUUUCCAUGUCUACUCUCCUAAUCCUUCUGCAAACCUCUAAAGCUUCCUUGUUCCAUUUACAGGCUUUGAACAUUUACCAUCUUAAGACACAGUAACAUCAUGCUUGGGAGGACUAGUGCCUGGGCCUGCAGUCAGCAUGGCAUCUGGAGAGACUCCAGGCUUCAUCUUGGAACUAAGCAUCUGAUUGCUUCUUGACUUGCCCCCAGGAGAAAGAGGCCUUCCUUUUAAAUGCUAACCUAUCGGUUCUGUAGGGCACCCAGUUGCUAGAGCACUGACAGAGUAGAAAGGCUCCUGAAAGCCUCUCCAUUGUGUUCUCUUCUCAGAUCUUAUUAGGGUGACCAGAUGUCCUGAUUUUAUCCGGACAGUCCCAAUUUUGGGGUCUUUUUCUUAUAUAGGCUCCUAUUACCCCUCACCUCCUUUCCUGAUUUUUCACAUUUGCUGUCUGGUCAGCCUAGAUCUUAUCCAGGAAGCAGUUUAAACCCUUAGUCCAACUUGAUCAGCCUGAUUUCAUGGGGCGGGGGGAGGGGAAGUCCUGAACCCUGGGUAAAGAUUCCUGGAGCUGGCCCUGGCAGUGGGGGUUGGGACCUGCUUGUUGUCGACACGGAUCUCAAAAUACCAAGAUGAACUAGAUGAAAGACGGUUGGGAACUUCGCUGGAUGUGUGGGGGGCACUUGUUCCCCCGCAGCCAAUCAGUGUCUCUUCACUGGGAGUCCUUUGGGUGCCUGUCAGUGCUGAAUGUAUCCACUCCCUGGUGGGCCUGUACAGGACCCUCCAUUCUGAGCACCUGUCAACAGUCUUCCAUAAAGGUGACCUGCAAGUAGAUGGAGAGCUCCGGGGCUGUGUGCUGCCAGCUUGCACGGGCUGAUUGCUCUGCGUACCCGGCCUGUUUAGGAGAAGCGGUACAGACGUCCGUGUCAUCUGGUGUUAAGUAUCUGGGCAGGUCAACUCCGAGUGAUCUGUCCCCGCAGGAAUUGCUGGGUGCAUCCCGGGUGGGUGUGUCUAGCUUCGGGGAGGAGUGCGGGACUUAUAUUGACCCCUCCACAGGCCUAGGCUCUCCGGUUAUUCUGGAGGCUCCAUUCAGGCAUGCCGACACUGUGACUGCUGGGCGGGCUGGUGAGGUGGCGCCCUAUAAUAGCCUGCCAGGGUGAGCCUGCCCUGGCAAUAGCACAGGGAGCUGGUCCUGUGACCAUGGCUGAACCAAAGAAACCCCAGGCAGGGAGCAUAGAGUUAGCCGCAGUUCCUGAUGUGACUGUCUCCACAGCCACUAUGUCCACCAGGAGGCUGCGCAGCGAGGACUACAACGACUACAGCUCCACAGAGGCUACGCCUGACGGGAGCCCCCCCGAAGGCAUAAACAGCUUUGCCUCUCCUUCAUCCUACCAGCGGUUCGGGGAGAGCAACGGGACGACAUGGUUUCAAACCUUGAUCCACCUGGUGAAAGGGAAUAUUGGCACUGGCCUUCUGGGACUGCCCCUGGCUGUGAAAAACGCUGGCAUCGUGCUGGGCCCACUCAGUUUGCUGGUGAUGGGAAUUGCCGCAGUGCAUUGUAUGGGCAUCCUGGUUAAAUGCGCUCACCACUUCUGCAACAAAUAUCAAAGGCCUUUUGUGGACUAUGGAGAUGCUGUGAUGUACGGGCUAGAAGCCAGCCCUAGCGCUUGGCUUCGGACCCAUGCCAUCUGGGGAAGGUACGUAGUGGGGUUUUUCUUGAUUCUCACCCAGUUGGGGUUCUGCUGUGUGUAUUUCGUAUUUCUGGCUGACAAUCUGAAACAGGUGAUCUCUGCAGCAAAUGGCACCACCAAUGACUGCCAUUCCAACAAAACCACGGUGCUGACUCCCACCAUGGACUCCCGGUUGUUCAUCCUCUCCUUGCUGCCGUUCCUGGUGCUGCUCGUGUACAUACAGAAUCUCAAGUUCCUGUCCGUCUUCUCCAUGCUGGCCAACCUCGCCAUGCUGAGCAGUCUCAUCAUGAUAAACUGGUAUAUCAUCACGGGCCUUCCGGAUCCCAGCCACCUGCCUCUCGUAGCGGGCUGGAAGACCUACCCUCUGUUUUUUGGCACGGCUAUCUUUGCUUUCGAAGGUAUCGGCGUGGUGCUCCCCCUGGAAAAUAAAAUGAAGAAUCCCCGGCACUUCCCGGUGAUCCUGUAUGUGGGAAUGGCCAUAGUCACCAUCUUGUACAUCAGCCUGGGGACCUUGGGAUACCUGCGAUUUGGAACCAGCAUCCAGGCCAGCAUUACUCUCAACCUGCCCGACUGCUGGCUGUACCAGUCUGUCAAGCUGCUCUACUCCAUUGGGAUCUUCUUCACCUACGCGCUGCAGUUCUACGUCCCUGCGGAAAUCAUUGUGCCCGGGGCUGUUUCCCAGGUGCCGGAGCGCUGGGCGCUGUGGGUCAACCUGCUCCUCAGGACGUGCCUUGUCUGCGUGACAUGCCUCCUGGCAAUCCUGAUCCCCCGCCUGGACAUCGUCAUCUCUCUGGUGGGCUCCGUGAGCAGCAGUGCUCUCGCCCUCAUCAUCCCUCCCCUGCUGGAGAUCACCACCUAUUACUCCGCCGGCCUCCACCCUGUCACCAUCGCCAAAGACAUCCUGAUCAGCGUCCUGGGCUUUGCGGGGUUUGUGGUGGGCACCUAUGAGUCCCUUUGGGCUCUGGCCACCCCCCCCAUUUCCAACACCACCAAUGCCUUGGUAUAGUGACCCCUUUUCCUUCUCCCGCUCCACUCCAGCAACGCCGUACAGCCUCUUGGCAGCUCACGGGGUUUUCAUCAGGGUCAUGGCAGCGAAUCUCCCUUCCUUCUCUUUAAAGGCAUUUGUCCAGGAGAAGUGAGGGUCAGUGCACAACCAGAAAAGACAGGACCCUGAUUCCCUUUCCCUCUCCUCAUAGUGUGCGGUUCCCACUUCGGGGGUCUCAUUGCUUGGGUCUGGGAGCCCUGCAGAGAUGACUUGCGGCCCCUGGUUGGGAUGGAGUGCCUUCCUUCGCUCCGCCGGGAUCCUUCUGGCAGAUUAAGAUGACAUACCUGCAGGUGCCAAGGUACUGCAGUUUGAAGUGGACAUGCUCUAGACUAUAGAGUACCAAGGGGAGGGAAGAAACCUUUGGGCUCGUUCAGGGAUCUAGAUGACUGCUUCACAAGCAAGGGUACCUCUACCCUUCCCGAACUCCCCUCUGCCCAGAAAAAGAGAAUCUCCGAGUCUUUUCUGGUGCCAAUUCUUUUUUUUUUCCGCACUUUAAUUCAUGGCAACACAGCAAUUCCAGCCAGUGAGUGACACAUUAGAGCCCUCAUCCCUAAGACUGUAGAACCUGGAAAAUUACAGUGACAGCAAGGAGAAAAGGGAGCAGGAAACUGCACAAGGAGAGAGAAUCUCUUGUAUGCGCUGCCCUGGCAGGCUGACCGUCACAGCCCGGUCUAACACUCACUGUGGGUAAGCCGGGCCUCGGUGGGUAGAGCACUCUCUAGCUUGAGGAGCCAAACACAUGAGCAUUAGAUGGCAACGUUUAUUGGAAGCCACAUUACAAACCCGUCUGUCAGGGCCUUUUUCAGCCUAGAUCCCCCUACCACACCCCAUCUCCGGCUCCGUCCAUUGUAGGUAGUGUGGGAUAAGGCAAGUCUGUGUGUUUGGGUUUCAGAGAGGAAUUGGGGGAUUGUGCUAAAUCCCUGAUUUAAGUUUAGUUGUGAUUCCCCCCCCCCCCCCCCCCAAAGACUCUGUAUAAGGGAUAUGGGGUUAUCGAAAGCAUUCGGAACAAGGUACCCACGGAACAGGCUGGGAGGGUGUCUGGGGGCUCCAAGGUACUUAACUGCUGAGGCAGUUAUUUUAUUCUUGAACUAGGAGCCCACUUUCCUUUACACCUUUUCUUCAAUCAAAAAAAAAAAA